GGCCCGGGGUGCCGGCCAGCCAGUGAGUCUCCUGCAGCCGAGCUCCCCGCGUCCCGCGGCGCUCCCGGCGGCUGGGCCCGGCGGACGGCGAGCGGCAGCGGUCGGCCUCCAGGCAGCGGCAGAGAUGCCAGCUUAUUUAUAGGAAUUGCUUGAAGCCAGAGUCAUGGUGGAUGUAGGAAAGUGGCCAAUCUUCACUCUGCUCUCAUCUCAAGAAAUUGCAUCUAUUCGGAAAGCCUGUGUCUUUGGCACCUCGGCCAAUGAAGCACUGUACGUCACUGAAGAUGAUGAGGUCUUUGUAUUUGGACUGAACUAUAGUAACUGUCUAGGAACUGGAGAUAACCAGAGUACACUUACGCCCAAAAAGCUAGAAGCCUUAUGCGGAAAGAAGAUUAAAAGCCUUAGUUAUGGCAGUGGGCCACAUGUUCUUCUCAGCACUGAAGAUGGAGUUGUUUACGCCUGGGGCCACAAUGGAUACAGCCAGCUUGGGAAUGGGACAACCAACCAAGGCAUUGCUCCCAUCCAGGUCUGUACCAAUCUCUUGAUCAAACAAGUGGUUGAAGUAGCUUGUGGCUCCCAUCAUUCAAUGGCUUUGGCAGCUGAUGGAGAGGUAUUUGCUUGGGGCUAUAACAACUGUGGCCAGGUGGGAUCAGGAUCUACAGCAAAUCAACCUACUCCUCGAAAAGUUACACAUUGUUUACAUAUUAAGAGGGUGGUGGGCAUUGCCUGUGGUCAGACCUCAUCCAUGGCUGUUCUUGACACUGGUGAGGUGUAUGGCUGGGGUUACAAUGGCAAUGGUCAGCUGGGCUUGGGAAACAAUGUCAAUCAGCUGACCCCUUUGCGAGUGGCAGCUUUGCACAGCGUGUGUGUGAACCAGAUUGUCUGCGGCUAUGCACAUACUCUAGCACUAACAGAUGAGGGCUUGCUCUAUGCCUGGGGAGCUAACACGUAUGGGCAGCUUGGAACUGGCAAUAAAAAUAAUCUGCUAACCCCAAAACACAUCAUGGUGGAGAAAGAAAGGGUAGUAGAAAUUGCAGCUUGCCACUCUGCCCACACAUCUGCCGCCAAGACCCAGGGCGGGCACGUGUACAUGUGGGGCCAGUGCCGGGGCCAGUCCGUGGUCCUGCCUCACCUCACCCACCUCUCCUGCACGGACGACGUGUUUGCCUGCUUCGCCACUCCCGCCGUCUCCUGGCGCCUCCUGUCUGUAGAGCACGAAGAUUUUUUAACAGUUGCAGAGUCCUUGAAGAAAGAAUUUGACAGUCCAGAAACUGCUGACCUAAAGUUCAGAAUUGAUGGGAAAUAUAUCCAUGUCCAUAAAGCUGUUUUGAAAAUCAGGUGUGAGCACUUUCGAUCCAUGUUUCAGUCUUAUUGGAAUGAGGACAUGAAAGAAGUGAUAGAAAUAGACCAGUUUUCUUACCCAGUGUAUCGUGCCUUUCUUCAAUUCCUCUACACAGACACAGUGGACCUGCCACCUGAAGAUGCUAUAGGUCUUUUGGAUUUGGCGACAUCUUACUGUGAAAACAGACUGAAAAAACUUUGUCAGCACAUUAUCAAGCAAGGAAUCACUGUGGAGAAUGCCUUUUCAUUAUUCUCUGCUGCAGUCAGAUACGAUGCAGAGAAUACCUGGUACCGGGGAGUUUACCGAACACCUGCGAGGAUCUGCAGCUGUGGCCUUGGAGAGGUGGAGGACAGGCUUCCUCAUCACCCUUAGGACUGAAGUGCACCACUAUGUCUGUGUUUUCAAAAUGUAUCCUAUUUUUAUUUGAGAUUAUGUUACUAUUAUAAAUAUUUGAUAAGGUCAAAUAUAGCUAACUUUCUCUGUAGCCUUUUCAACAGAUGGAAUAAUCAAGAGAUAUUUCUAAUAGAAAGUGGAAGUAUAGUUUUUUCUCCUACCCUUUCUCUGAUACUAUGAGCUUCUUUAUUAGACAUGCUAUUUCCUUAGAUUUAAUUUCCACCCGAUGAUAUAAUUUUAAAUUGUCAGUGUCUUUUCUCUCCAUUUUGUGAUUGAUUUUAGAAUCUUGUCUGUGUCUCUACAUACUCCUCCCCAUUGCUAAUGAGUUCCACAUUUUGGGGGUGUGAUCUUGCUGACUAAAACCAUCUGGACAGAGGCAAACAUUUCGGCUCUAGUUGCUGAAACUUUCUUCCUCACUUCUAGCUAACACGUUCCCCAGAAAGUUUAUAGAAAAGUCUUAUGUUAGCUGAUCAUUUCCUUGACUAGUUUUUUUCUCAAUUAAAUAUAAACACAUUAAAAAUAGAACCCAUUAUUUGAGACCACAAAUGCACUCCCAGAGUCUGCCACAAUAUGGGCAUGUAGUUAGUAUUAAAAAAUAUACAUUGAGUUAAAUUCAUGAAUGAAUGUAUUUGAAAAUGUAAUCAUGAAGAUGUGCUUAUUAAAAAACUUUAAAAAACAUACAAAUAUAACACAUUCAAUAUGGAAAAAUUGUAAAAUAGAGAGGAGACAAAAAUAAAAAGAAUCACCCUUUUUUCUCCCUGUGUGAUCUACAAUAAUAAUCUGCUUUGUGUUGAUAGUUACUGCUGUGUUGCUGACAAUUACCUGAAAGAGAAGUUGGGGUGCUUCACUGGGCUGGAAAAAGUUUAGCUAAAUCAGAAAGCAGGUCUAAUUAAGCAAGUUUACCUAUAUAUAUAAAAGGCUAAGUUGACUCGCACACGUGUGAUACAUAUAAAACUCUCACACAUGUGUGUUUCAAUCUGUCAUUGUCGAUCGUGAAUUUGGUUGACACUUUUAUAGAGAAAGGGCAAACAGCGAUAUUAAAAUGCUUCUUUUAAUUAAUUUCCUUUCAAUGUGCAUGAAUCUGUGCACUGGCACACUAGUACAAAUAUAACACAUUCAAUAUGGAAAAAUUAUAAAAUAGGAGACAAAAAUAAAAAGAAUCACUUCUUUGGUGUUUUUGUUGUUGUUCUGAUAGGAGUUACAUAAUUGACAAAUUUACUUCUAAUUUUUAUUUUCUUAAUGUUAUUGAAUGUAGUAAAUGAAUAAAUGAAGUCUUUAGAUUAUAAAAAUAAAACCCACUUACUAUAUCUGUUAGUUGAUGGGAAGCUACUACUAAGGCACUGAAAUUAGCUGUAAAAACUUAUUUUCACAAGCUCAACUAGAUGCCUGUGCCUUCAUUCUGUGGGUUGAAAUGCUAGGAAGAUGGAGACCACCUGCUUCUCUGUUUCUUCCCUUUUCUGUAGAAGUUAUUAGUGUUCCUCCAUACACCCUUUGACAAGGUAAUCUUUAAGCAAAUGUGCACACAUAAAAGCAACAAAAAUGUAUUGACUCACUACUUAUGAAGAGUUUUUAAAAUAAACUAUUGUGGAGUCCUUUCAUUAUGAAUGAAACUUUCUAUAAAGUAAAGAGGGACUUGGAGAAGGAGCACUUAAGUAUUCCUCUAGCAUAAAUCUGAAUAAACAUUGACAUCAAGGGAGAAAAUGUGAGUAAAACAUUGUCUUGAGGUACU